AUGGGCAACUCGGGGGGCAGGCCCAGCUGCCUGGGGGUCAAGAGCCAGAAGGCAGAGGACUUCCUGAAGGACUCCUACCUCAAGGACGUGGGCCUGGAUGCCGGGGCCCCCUCCGGGAGGAACAACGCGGAAGGCCACGCGGGCCCCCCGGAAAAGCCUCCCCUCGCCCCGGUGGUGAUCGAGAAUGGCUGGCCCCUGGCCCGGCAGGGCAGCCCCCUCCCCAAGCAAGACAACCGGGACGUCCAGGUGCAGAACUGGAGCCUGAGCAGCAGCAGCAGCAGCAGCAAGCCCCUGCUGAAGGCCCACCUGGAGGCCGCCUGGAGCCCCCCGGGAGGCCUCCUCCCGUGGAGGACCACCGCCAGCAGCAGCAGCUGGGCCUGGAAGCCCCUCGAGGUGACCGAGGUGACCGAGGUGACGGAGACGGUCGUGACGGAGAUCGUGGAGGUGACCGAGUACCCCGGUGGCGGGGACAAGAGCCAGGAGCCCCUGGUCACCAGGACUGUGAAGGUGCUGACGGCGGCGGCGGAGUGUGCAGGAGGAGCCCGGCCGGAGGCGCUGGCCUUCCUGGGAGACCGGCGGAGCCCCGAGGAGCAGCAGCAGGAGGCCCAGGAGGCUUUGGGGAAGCUGCUCGCCUGGGCCGGGGACCUGGAGGACCUGGUGGCCAACCAGAAAGCCCCCUCCUCGGAGGCCAAGGUGGUGAAGGCCCAGUUGCAGGAGCAGGAGCUCUUGAAGCGGCUUCUGGAGGAGCGCCGAGCCCACGUGGAGAAGCUGCUGCAGGCUGGACAGAUGCCCCUCGAGCUGGCCAGCAGGACCGACGGACGCGAAAGGAACGGAGGCCUCGCCGACCUCCGGGAGAAGUGGACAGCCUUAAUCCAGGGGGCAGAAGCCAGGUGA